AUGACGAGCUUGAAGAGGCCUUCGGGCAGUGACAAAGGGCACCUCAACCUUUCCAGCAAAGUCUAUGUGCGCUCUACCAAGAGUGGCAAGGUGCAGAAGAUUGUUCGUGAGGUCUACCUCAGACAAGAUAUCCCCUGCUCUUCACAAGCAUGCUCAAAAUGUCGAGCACCGGCGAACGCGUCUGGUCAAGUCAGCCCGCCCGUGCUCUCAGACAAGCCAGCAGGAACAAGAGCUUUCCCCCAGGGCCAUUACUUAGUGCCCGACACAAAUGCCCUGCUCAAUGCAAUGGAUUUGUUUGAGCAGAGUUCGGCUUUCUAUGAUGUCAUUGUUCUUCAGACCGUGUUGGAGGAGCUUCGAAAUAGAUCGCUGCCACUCUACAACCGGUUGAUCAGCUUGACCAAGAGCGAGGACAAGCGUUUCUAUGUGUUUUUCAACGAAUUCAGGCUUGAGACGUAUGUAGUGAGGGAGCAGGAUGAGAGCAUCAACGACAGAAAUGACAAGGCCGUGCGGAAAGCGGUGGAGUGGUACAAUGCCCAUCUCGCGCAGACCAAGAGCAAACACCUACCGACAGUGGUCAUGCUUACCGACGACAGAGGAAACAUUGAAAAGGCAAAGAAGGAGAAAGUUCCUGCAAUUACACUGCGCGACUACGUUGGCGGAUUGGAGGACGGGGAACGUUUGCUAGAUAUGAUUGCAGAGUCUCAGGAACGAGGAAUUUCGCGAGACAAGAAGGCGGCCGACUUCUUGUAUCCCGAAUAUUUCAGCAUGUCAAAGAUGAUGACGGGAACCAAGAAUGGCAUGCUUCACCAGGGCAUAUUCAACGUCUCUCCGUACAAUUACCUUGAGGGUUCGAUCAGAGUACCGGCUUUUCCAAAGGCGCUUUUGAUCCUUGGCAGAGAUAACAUCAACCGUGCCGUCGACGGUGAUGUGGUGGUGGUUGAAGUUUUGCCGAAAGACCAGUGGAAGGAACCCUCAACCAAGAUUAUCGAAGAAGAGGCUAUUACAAAGGACGAGAACGCCGAUGGUGAUGAAGGUGAAGACCUGGUCACAGAGAAGGAGAGAAAGGCACUUCAGGAAGAGGUCAAAAAGACCCAUCUGGCCAGUACGGAAGGUCGUGCACAACCAACCGCCAAGGUUGUCGGCAUCAUCAAGCGGAACUGGAGGCAAUAUGUUGGUCAUGUGGACCAGACAUCUGUCAGCUCAUCUGCAAAACAAGGACGGAAGCAGGAGACGGUGUUUUUGGUGCCCAUGGACAGAAAGAUUCCCAAAAUCAAAAUUCGAACGCGACAGGUUGGCGAGCUUCUGGGUAAACGAAUCUUGGUCACGAUCGACUCCUGGGAUCGGGAAUCUCGACACCCAGUCGGCCAUUUUGUCAGAUCGCUGGGCGAGCUCGAGACCAAAGCUGCCGAGACUGAAGCAUUACUGCUAGAAUAUGACGUACAGUAUCGACCGUUCCCGAAGACAGUCUUGGAUUGCCUUCCAAAGGAGGGACACGAUUGGCGUGUACCAACAAGCACUGACGAUCCUGGUUGGAAAGGCCGAGAGGACCUGCGAGACUUACUCAUCUGUAGCAUCGACCCAGUUGGAUGCCAAGAUAUUGACGAUGCAUUGCAUGCCCGAGCUCUGCCAAAUGGCAAUUACGAAGUUGGUGUUCACAUUGCAGAUGUUUCACAUUUUGUGAAACCUGCCAAUGCGAUGGAUCAGGAGGCUAGCAUUCGCGGCACAACUGUCUACCUCGUAGACAAGCGUAUUGAUAUGUUGCCAAUGCUUCUGGGAACAGACUUGUGCUCCUUGAAGCCAUACGUUGAGCGUUUCGCUUUCUCCGUCUUAUGGGAGCUUAACGAGAACGCAGACAUUGUAAAUGUCAGAUUUACAAAGUCGGUUAUCAAGUCUCGGGAGGCGUUCAGCUACGAACAAGCACAGCUGCGGAUAGACGACUCUUCUCAGCAGGAUGAUUUGACCAAUGGAAUGCGUCGUUUGCUCAUGCUUUCAAAAAAAUUUAAGCAAAAGCGGAUGGAUGCUGGUGCUCUCAGCCUGUCGUCGCCCGAAGUCAAGGUCCAGAUGGAGUCUGAAACAUCAGAUCCUAUUGACGUUAAGACCAAGGAGCUCCUUGACACGAACUCUCUCGUGGAGGAAUUCAUGUUGCUCGCCAAUAUCAGCGUUGCUGGCAAGAUCUAUGAUGCUUUCCCGCAAACCGCCAUUCUCCGUCGCCAUGCGGCACCACCCAAAACGAAUUUCGACGAGCUGGCCAACCAGCUCAAAGUCAAGCGAAGCCUAGAACUAAGAGUCGACUCCUCGCGCGCGCUCGCCGAUUCUCUGGACGGCUGCAUCGACCCCAAGGAGCCGUUUUUCAACAACCUCAUUCGUAUCAUGGCUACCCGAUGCAUGAUGAGCGCCGAGUACUUCUGUUCAGGAACACAGUCGUACCCCGAAUUCCGCCACUACGGUCUGGCCUCGGAAAUCUAUACGCAUUUCACGUCUCCGAUCCGUCGUUAUGCCGAUCUCGUCGCUCAUCGUCAGCUCGCAGCCGCCAUCGACUACGAACCCAUGCACCCCGCCGUUCGCUCCCGUGGUAAGCUCGAGGCAGUGUGCAAGAACAUCAACGUGCGUCACCGCAACGCACAGCUUGCGGGCCGUGCUUCCAUCGCCUACUACGUCGGCCAAGCGCUGAAGGGCAGAGUGGCCGAGGAAGAAGGGUUUGUCAUGAAGAUCUUCAGCAACGGUUUCGUCGUGCUUGUGCCCAGAUUCGGCAUCGAGAGCUUGAUCCGAUUGAGAGACCUGGCUGAGCCGGAACCGGAGAGCGCCUACGACGCCGAGAACUACGUGCUCAAGACGAGUGGCAGCCGUGAGCUGACGGUGGAGCUGUUCCAGAAGGUCAUUGUCAAGAUAAGCGACGCGAAGGAUGAGGCCACUGGAAAGAGAGGUGCCCAGAUGGAGCUGAUCAGGGUUGUUUGA